UCGAGAUCACCUCACUCACUCACUCUCUCUCUCUCUUUGGAAUAAAAGAAAAUGAGAGAAAGCAACUUUUAAUCCGAUUUUUUUUUUUGAGAGACCACGUAAUAAUAAGAACAGAAGCAGUCAGAACGUUCAAUAAUUGUACCAUUCUUCUCAUCUCUUUCAUUUCAGAUACUUAUCUUUUUUACUCAUUUCUUUUGUAAUUGGAUCCCCCUCCUCACUCUCUCCAUGGAAUCUACUGAGUUAUGAUCUUUGCUCUCACCUGAUCUGACUGUCUUUUUAACUGAGAAGCAACAAAGCAUCUCUAAUGGCUGCUGAUGAACUUUCAUCUCCUCCAACACCUAACACUUAUUACCCAUCUGACUUCUUUACCUCUCCAAAGUUUAGGUUUUUCGCUUCAAAGAUCACUCCUUUUGACUCCAUCGUCAGCCCUACUUCCAUCCUCGAAGCCCACCCUUCCAUCUUCUCCUCCAUAAACCCUAAACCCACUUCCUAUCUCGAGCCAGCAAUCCCUAAACCCCCAAAGUUUCACCCACCUGAAGCCUUUGGCCUAGCCGAUCUCGUCCAAAACAGAGACCACUCGAGCAAACCUGUCAACAAGAUGGUCCUUUCCGGGUCAAAGCUCAGAGUCCUGAUCCCUUCUGCCGAUUUUGGAACUAAAACAGGUCCUACUAGCCAGAUGAGGCAUCCUCCUGGACAGCUCAGCCCUUGUCUCCAAACAAAAGUCUUAACCGUGAGCGAGAUUGAUCAGACGGAAGACUACACGUGCGUCAUAUCCCACGGUCCAAACCCAACCAUCACACAUAUCUUCGACAACUCUGUUUUCGUGGAGGAGGCGACUCCUCCUUGCUCUCUUCCGUUGCCACAGGAGACCAAGAAAACGAACACUGAUUUUCUAAGCAACUGCUACACCUGCAAAAAGAAACUUGACCAAAAACAGGACAUCUAUAUAUACAGAGGAGAGAAAGGGUUUUGCAGCAGUGAGUGCAGGUACCAGGAGAUGCUUCUUGAUCAAAUUGAGACCUAGCACCUCCCACCCUUUUCUCCACUUCUCUUUUUCUUUUUUUGUUCCCUUCUAUCAUUUUGUCACAAAAGUUUUACUUUUGUUGUUAUGAGAGUGACUUGGAUAAGAUUAAAAAUAUCUUAAAUCUUGCAGAAU